AUGCCAAUAAUGUUUCCUGCGUUGUAUCGGAUUAGCAAAGAACACUGGAAUCAAACGAUUGUUGCUUUGGUUUAUAAUGUUUUGAAGACAUUUAUGGAGAUGAAUGGCAAACUGUUUGACGAAUUAACUGCGAAUUAUAAAGCUGAAAGGCAAAAGGAGAAGAAGCGAGAAAAAGACCGAGAGGAUUUGUGGAAACGAUUGGCGGCGGUUGAGUUGGAUCCGCCGAAGGACAAAGAUCCUCAUAUCUUGAGUAAGACGCCGCUGACGAAUUUCAUCGUGAAGCGAGAAAAUCCCGGUAUGAACAUUGUGACCGGUGGCGAGAAGUCACCUAAUUCAGCCAAAAGGUUGGGCCCUACGAAUACGACUGGUUCAUCAUCGAAAAAGGCCUGA